UUUAUUUUCCUUCCUUCCUUGGUACAUACUAGAAAACCAUACUCUCUCUCUCUCUCUCUCUCUCUUCUCCCUAUAUCUCCGACGUCCAUUCAUCUCGAUUCUCCGGUGAAAUCUCAACGGAGAAUCUCAAACACCAGUUAAAUCAAAGUAUUUUAUUUUUUUCUGCUGCUACUUUGAUUUAAAAGGGUUGGUCGCCAUUGCUUAAUUCCAAACGCUUCUCUCAUUGUGUCUGUUACUUGAAGUCUUACCUUCAUCAGUUGUUCUGGGUUGCUGCUGAGAGUUUUAAAGUUUCCAUUUUUAAAACCUAAAGUUUCUUCUUUUAUUUCAUUUUUAUCCUAAUUUAACUGUGCAAGAUCUGGGUUUCCGCCAGAUCAUGGCGACGAUUGUGGGUACUUAGAAAAAACAGUUUUUUUUCGAGGUUUGGUUAAUGCUCAUAGAGAACCCCAUUAAGUGUUCGAUGAAAUGCCUCUGAGAGAAUGAAUCUCUUGUGAGAAGAAAGGGGAGGUAGUAGUUAGGUGAUUAGCCAACAUGUGUAAAACGGACAAGUUUGUUUACCACAGGAAACUCUGGGAGAUGAAGGUUAGACUUUUAGGAGAGACCAAGGUUGAGAAACUCAGGAACUCGUUUGUCUCCAGGUCUCGUAUGAGCUUAUGGAUGAUUCGUGCUGUUACCGUUUUGUUGCUCUGGAGCUGUUUCGUUCAUUUGAUGGCUUUGGGAGAGAUGUGGGGUCCGAGAUUGUUCAAAGGCUGGCCUUCUUGUUUCAAUCAACAUGAUCUGUCCACUGUUGCAGCAGACAUGAGGUCUCUUCCUGCUAAAAUUGCUCUUCCCCUAAAAGUAAGGGUAUACCAGAACAAUGGUUAUCUUAUGGUUUCUUGCAAUGGAGGACUCAAUCAAAUGCGAGCAGCGAUAUGCGAUAUGGUAACCGUUGCAAGAUUCAUGAAUGUCACACUUGUUGUGCCUGAGCUUGACAAAACCUCGUUCUGGAACGAUCCCAGUGAGUUUAAAGACAUAUUCGAUGUGGACCACUUCAUAACUUCGUUAAGAGAUGAAGUCCGUAUACUUAAAGAGUUGCCUCCAAGGGUUAAGAAAAGAGUUGAGCUUGGAAUGUACCACGAAAUGCCUCCUAUCAGUUGGUCAAACAUGUCUUACUACCAAAACCAGAUCCUUCCAUUGGUGAAGAAGCAUAAGGUGUUACACCUUAACAAAACCGACUCACGACUCGCUAAUAAUGGACUGCCUCUGGAGGUUCAGAAGCUGAGGUGCAGAGUGAACUUUAACGGGCUCAAGUUCACUCCUCAAAUUGAAGAACUAGGUAGACGAGUGGUCAGUAUUCUGAGAGAGAAAGGUCCCUUUCUCGUCCUGCAUCUCAGAUACGAGAUGGAUAUGUUAGCAUUCUCCGGUUGCUCACAUGGUUGCAACCCCGAGGAAGAAGAAGAACUAACAAGAAUGAGAUAUGCUUAUCCAUGGUGGAAAGAGAAAGUCAUAAACUCUGAGGUGAAGAGGAAAGAAGGCCUUUGCCCUUUAACUCCUGAGGAAACUGCUCUCACGCUGACCGCGUUGGGCAUUGAUCGUAACGUUCAGCUUUACAUAGCUGCUGGUGAAAUCUACGGUGGUGAGAGGCGGAUGAAGGCUUUAACAGACGCUUUUCCAAAUGUGGUCCGGAAAGAAACGCUACUCGAUUCCUCUGAUCUUGAUUUUUGCCGGAAUCAUUCAUCUCAAAUGGCUGCACUUGAUUACCUAGUGGCUGUGGAGAGCGAUAUGUUUGUUCCAACUAAUGAUGGGAACAUGGCAAGAGUCGUUGAAGGUCAUCGCAGGUUCUUGGGGUUCAAGAAGACAGUUCAGCUGAAUAGGAAGUUCCUAGUUAAGCUGAUAGAUGAAUAUACCGAAGGGUUGUUGACUUGGGAUGUGUUCUCUUCCAUGGUGAAGGCGUUUCACUCUACUCGGAUGGGAAGCCCGAAGAGACGGCUAGUGAUUCCAAAUAAACCAAAGGAAGAAGACUACUUCUACGCUAACCCGCAGGAAUGUCUGCAGCUGUUAGAUGAACCAUUGAGAGUCAUUUGAAGAAGGUGACUUCACCAUUGGGGAGAGAACGGGUGAACAUGUGGGUUAAAAAAGCUCUAGUUUACAGUCUGAAAGAUGAAGUUACAGUUGUGUGUUUUUACAGAUUUUAAGUUACUUAGGGUUCUUGGUAAAUAGAUUUCUGAAAAAGCUUCCAUGGAUGGAGAGGAAAAAAAUGUUGAUUUGAAGCUUAUAUUGUAAAGUUUGGCAUCCAUGGCCUUGCCAGUUUUGUUAGCUAAAUAAAAAGUGCCAUUUUAUGUACAUUAAA